AUUCAAUAUGGCGGCUCGCGUGUUUUCGACGAUAGCUGCUGUACUUGUACUUCAGUGUUGUAUGAUGUCUUUAGCAAUGCCAGCAGACACAGAAAAUACAUCGUCCCCUACACCAACAGGGAGUCCUUCUACAGCGCCAACCGUUUCACCAACAGCGAGUUCAUCAAUUACACCGUCCCCUACACCAACAGGGACUCCUUCUACCGCGCCAACCGUUUCACCAACAGCGAUUUCAUCAAUUACACCGUCCCCUACACUAACAGGGACUCCUUCUACCGCGCCAACCGUUUCACCAACAGCGAUUUCAUCAAUUACACGGUCCCCUACACCACCAGAGACUCCUUCUACCGCGCCAACCGUUUCACCAACAGCGAUUUCAUCAAUAACACGGUCCCCUACACCACCAGAGACUCCUUCUACCGCGCCAACCGUUUCACCAACAGCGAUUUCAUCAAUUACACGGUCCCCUACACCACCAGAGACUCCUUCUACCGCGCCAACCGUUUCACCAACAGCGAUUUCAUCAAUUACACCGUCCCCUACACUAACAGGGACUCCUUCUACCGCGCCAACCGUUUCACCAACAGCGAUUUCAUCAAUUACACGGUCCCCUACACCACCAGAGACUCCUUCUACCGCGCCAACCGUUUCACCA